AAGCAAAGAUGGCGGCCUCUCCAAUUCUCUCCCACCCAUCAGAGUGGUUGAGCUGCUAAUUACCUCGCUUCUUCUAGUAACCCUUUUCUGGAUUUCUUCCAUUCUUUUACUCUUCCUGUUAUGUUCUUCGUAACUAUAGUUAGACCAACCAAUAUUUGAAAAUAAAGAACUCUCUUAGACAAAGCAACCUUAGCUACAAGCUUCACCUCCUCUUUUUCCAAACUUCAUCUGUGGUUCUUUAUAUUUUGGUAUUAAAGGGAUGAUCCCUUGUGAUGACAUCAAUGGCUGCAAUGAGCAGCGUUAAAAUAUAUUUUCCGGCGAAUUUUCACAAGGCGGAGGAAAGGAAUGAAACGAUGGCCAAGGCAGGGAUUUCUCCCUUUAAUUUGAUUGCACAGCAAAUUCCAAGGCGUUUCGUGAUAGCGAGGGCUAGGAAUCCUCAAAGCGUGGACGUAAUCAAUGGAAAAAAGUUGAACGGUGUACAUGUAACAGAGACUCAGGAUAUAGGGAAGAUGAAUAUGGAUGAUAUUGUUGAGCAACCUCUUCACACGUGCUUACUUGGUAGGUUUCUGGAGGAAAGGUUGAUCUAUAGACAGACCUUCAUUGUUAGGUCUUACGAAAUUGGACCUGACAAAACUGCCACCAUGGAAACAUUGAUGAAUUUCCUUCAGGAGACUGCACUUAACCACGUCACAAGCUCUGGGCUUGCCGGAAACGACUUUGGCGCUACCCGGCAGAUGAGCCUCAGAAAACUCAUUUGGGUAGUCACCCGCAUCCACAUUCAAGUAGAAAGAUACAGCUGCUGGGGAGAUGUCGUGGAGAUUGAUACCUGGGUUGAUGCAGACGGGAAAAAUGCAAUGCGCAGGGACUGGAUAAUCCGAGAUUAUAGUACACAAGAGAUCAUAACAAGAGCAACAAGUACAUGGGUGAUAAUGAACAGAGAAACAAGAAAGCUAUCAAAAAUCCCAGAACAAGUCAGGCAAGAGUUGGUACCAUUCUAUACAAAUAGGAUUGCAGUUUCUGGGGAGAACAACGAUGUUUUAAAAAUCGAUAAGCUUGCUGAUGAAACUGCAGAAAGAAUUCAAUCUGGCUUAGCUCCAAGAUGGAGCGAUAUGGACGCCAAUCUGCACGUAAAUAAUGUCAAAUACAUUGGAUGGAUCUUGGAGAGCGUUCCAAUAAAUGUCCUGGAAGAUUACAAUCUCACAAGCAUGACCAUGGAGUAUCGACGUGAGUGUCGACAAUCGAAUCUGCUAGAGUCCUUAACAAGCACAACUGAAGAUUUGAAUAAUAAUUCUUGUAAUCGACAAGCAGACCUGGAAUAUACGCAUUUGCUUCGCAUGCAAAACGAUAAAGCAGAGAUAGUACGAGCAAGAACAGAAUGGCAAUCCAAACUAUAAUGUGAUUUUUAACAUGGAACAUGCUUGUCUUUCUUGUGUAAUUCGUUUGUUGCUAUAAAUUAGGUAGAACAAAAAUAAAUGGGCUUUGCACAUUUUUUCAAGCACAUUAAAUUUGAUACCGAAAAAACUAUAGGAGUUUGUUUCCUAUAGCUGCGAAAA